AUGGCAAAUGCAUGUUCAAGGUACAAAAAUGUUCCAGAUAGUCAUGAAGCCGAAAAAUCUGAAAGGUGCAUUGAAGAUGUUUCCCUGAGGCAAGCUGAAACUGUUGCUAAGAAUGCUUAUAGAGUAGCACAUAAUAAUUACCUUAGCUUCCUUUCCCAAAAAGCUAAGGUAACAUGGAUAGAAGAAGGAGAUGAUAACACAAGACUGUUUCACCAGAGCACUAAAAUAAGGGGAAUACAGAAUAGAAUUAAUGCGAUUAAAAAUGCAAAUGGUGAAUGGGCGGAAACAUCACAGGGUGUAAUUGGAGCUUUUCUUGAUUCCUAUAAGGAUAUGGUGGGAAGUAGUAGUGAUACAAGGAAGGUGGAUAACAGAAUCAUUCAUCUAGGGGAAGUCUUAAACUCAGAUCAACAUCAAAUGUUAGAUUUGAAUUUUGAUGUCAGGGAGAUUAAACUGGCCAUCUUCUCAAUCCCAAAUGAGAAGGCUCCUGCGAUUGAUGGCCAUGAUGUUGUGGCAACUAUUCAAGCUUUCUUCAGGACUCGCAGAUUAUUACAGGAAUCAAAUGUGACAACCAUCACUAUAAUUCCUAAAAUCAAGUGUCCUACUGGGGUGGGAGACUACAUGCCCAUUGCUUGCUGCUCAGUCAUAUACAAAGCCAUUACAAAACUGACCUGCUCCAAACUUGGUUCUGUAUUGCCAGAGUUAAUUUCCCCUGAUCAAGGUGCCUUCAUAUCUGGGAGAAGCUCUUCGCUUCCCUCCUCAUUUCAUAAAGUGCAUUAUGGCUGUAUUACAACACCUAAGCUCACCUUGCUUAUUCAUGGGAGUACUGAGGGUUUCUUCCAUGCUAAAAAGGGAUUAAGACAAGGGGACCCCAUGUCCCCCUUGUUGUUUAUGAUCUUUGUGGACUACUUAACCAGGGUCUUGCACUAUAUUGACAAACUUGAAGGAAGAUGUUCACUCAGCUUAUCUUGGCUGCAAGCCAAUAAUGCCAAAUCAACACUUUAUUGCAGUGGUAUAAUUGAUGAUGAAGCAAAUAGAAUUCAGCAGUUCUCUAGUUUUUCUAGGGAGCAAUUGCCAUUUACUUACCUAGGGGUACCAAUUAGCAAGAAAAUGAUCUCUACUGCUAAUUGUGAAGGAUUGUUAAAGAGAUGGUUUGCAGAAUUCGUACAUGGGCUGUUGGUGCCAAGAGUGGUUAUAUUAACUGGGAUCAGGUGUGCUCAAUGGAACAUAGUUGCUGUGGGGAAGCUUGUGUGGCAUAUUGGCAUUAAGAAAGAUGACCUAUGGGUUAAAUGGAUUCAUUCCAUUUAUAUUAAGGAUCAGAAUUGGUGGAGUUUCAGUGCUCCACCCAAUGCAAGUUGGAUUGUGAAGCAACUUUGUAAAGUAAAGAGCACACUACGUGGUCUUAAUAUGCAGAAUCGGCAGCAAGAUAAAAAGUAUUCCAUAGCAACUGUGUAUCAAACUAUCAUUCAUCAGGGAGAAGUUGUGAACUAG